AUGUCAGACUUAUUUGUGGAUUUAUUCCCCACUGAUUUUUCAAAAUUAUAUGUAUUCACUUCAAUUUCACUUGUAUGUGGUUUGAUCUACUUAUCAAGUAAAGUCAACAAAACAAUUCAUUCCAUUUUGGUAUUCUGUUGGGCAUGCUUUGUUAAACCAUUGAUUCAAAAAAAGACUGUCAAACAUGCACUGGCUAAAAAUCAACAACAAUCACUUGAAAUGUUCUACCAAAGUCAAGCUCAUAUUUAUGAUACAACCAGACAAUUAUUAUUAAAGGGAAGACAAGAAUGUCUUCAAUUAUCAAUUUCUCAUUUAUCCAAAAAGAAUGAUCUUGUUUGGAUCGAUAUCGGUGGAGGAACAGGUUCUAAUAUCGAAUAUAUGGAUAAAAUAAGUUCAAUUGCCAAAAAUUUCAAAGUAGUAUAUUUAGUUGAUCUUUCACCUUCAUUAUGUGAAGUUGCGAAACAAAGAUUCUCGGCUCAUAAUUGGAAAAAUGUUCAUGUUUUACUUGCUGAUGCUUGUGAUUUCCAAAUUGAUUAUCAAUAUGCUGAUUUAAUCACUUUUUCAUAUUCAUUAUCUAUGAUCCCAACGUUCAAUGCUGCCAUUGAUAAUGCGGUGAGUAAAUUGCACAAAGAAGGGGUGAUUGCUAGUGUUGAUUUUGGUAUUCAAAGUAAUGAUACUUCAAUGGGUAGGAUUAAUACUUUGGGUGGAUUGGUUAAUAGGAAUAUACCAUGGAUUUUAAGAAAUUUCUGGAGAAUUUGGUUUGAAGCUGAUAAAGUAUUUCUUGAUUCUGCAAGAAGAAAUUAUUUGGAAUAUAAAUUUGGUACCGUUAAAUCAUUAAAUUGUUAUAAUAAGGCAUUAGGUAAGAUUCCUUAUUAUAUUUGGAUUGGAUGUGAUAAAUCAAAAGCUCAACCACUUUUAAAUAGAUUGAAUUGUUUGGCUACCGAAUCACCAUAUUUAGCUCCAAGUGAUAGUCCAGUACAAGUUGAAAUCCCAGUAUCUAAAGGUCACGAGGCUGCUUUAAACAAUUUACAAAAGAAUUUACCAUUCCCAUCAAUCUAUUAUCAAAAGGAAGUUUGGAGAGUUUAUUAUGAUGAAUUAAAUCAUUUAUAUGAACAAUUCAAAAAUCAAUAUAUUUAUGCAUUCACUUGGGAAGAUCCAAGAGAAGAUCAUAAUAUUUUGAAAUUCAAUCGUGAUGAUACUGUUUUAGCUAUUACUUCUGCUGGUGAUAAUAUCUUAAGUUAUGCCAGUUUACCAGAACCACCAAGAAGAAUCCAUGCUGUCGAUUUAAAUCCAUCUCAAAACCAUUUAUUAGAAUUGAAAUUAGCUAGUUUCAAAAGUCUUAAUCAAGAUCAAAUCUGGCAAAUGUUUGGACAAGGUAAGAUUGAUAAUUUCAAACAACUCUUACUUGAGAAAUUAUCUCCCCACAUGUCAUCUAAUGCUUUCCAAUAUUGGAUGGAUAAAGGACCAGCUGCUUUCACUGGGACGGGGCUUUAUGAUACUGGUUCUACUAGAUGGGCUUUAAGAUUAUGUAAAUAUGUUUUCAAGAUUUGUGGAGUUUCCAAAUAUGUUGAUGAACUUUGUCAAUGUACAACCAUGACACAACAAUUAAGGGUUUGGAAUGAAAAACUUAAACCAGCUUUGUUUAAUCCUAUAGUUGCUACUUUAUUAGUUGGUAAUCCAAUCUUUCUAUGGAAGGCAUUGGGAGUUCCUGGUAAUCAAGCCGAUAUGAUGGGUCCUUCUGUACUCAAAUAUGUUAUUGAUACUUUAGAUCCACUUAUCAAUAGAUCCUUAAUUGCUAAAGACAAUUACUUUUAUUAUUUAUGUUUAAUGGGUAAAUAUACUAAAGAUAAUUGUCCUGAUUAUUUAACAACCAAAGGAUAUAAAAGACUUACAUCUGCCAAUAGAGUUACGAAUGAAAAUCCAAUCGAUAACAUUAGAUUACAUACUGAUACUUUAAAUGAUGUUUUCGCUAGAUUGAAUAAGAAAUCAAUCACAAUUGCUAUCAUUAUGGAUCAUAUGGAUUGGUUUGAUCCAAAUGGUACCGAUGCAAUUAAUGAAAUUAGUGCUGUGAAAAAAUGUCUUGCUAAAGGUGGUAGAGUUAUGUUAAGAUCAGCUUCUCAAAAUCCUUGGUAUAUUAAGACAUUUGAAUCCUUGGGAUUUAAAUGUGAAGCUGCUGCUAUUAGACAUAGUGGAGAAUGUAUUGAUAGAGUCAAUAUGUAUGCUUCUACUUGGGUUUGUACUAAGUUGGAUGAGGAGACCGACGAGGGAACUGGUGAACCUCGUAGAAUGAGUAGUUUAAAAAUUUAG